UCACCUGUCUCUUAAACACCUAAGAACACACACAUCUAAACCUUUCUGCACCCGCCGUCUGUCGCACAAACAGUUGAGAGAUCGCCGGAGCGGCAGUGGUACCUGUGACUUUCUCGCUCUUGUUCCUCUCUCCUCUUCAUAGUAAACAGGAUUCAGAGUCAGCAGCUCAGAAAGAGUUAGAGAAAUGGAAAAUGGAGGCUAUGAAGUACCUGAAAAUGCCAAUGAACAUUGCCCAGGACCUCAGUCUGAAUCAGCUGGAAAAUCUGAUGCUUGUGAAGGAUGUCCUAAUCAGCAGAUUUGUGCUACUGCUCCCAAAGGACCCGAUCCAGACUUGGCUGCUAUUACUGAACGCAUGGCAACAGUCAAACACAAAAUAUUAGUCUUGUCUGGCAAAGGUGGUGUUGGCAAGAGUACAUUCUCGGCUCAACUAUCUUUUGCCUUGGCAGCUAUGGAUUUCCAGGUGGGCCUCCUUGAUAUUGAUAUCUGUGGUCCAAGCAUCCCGAAGAUGCUAGGUCUUGAAGGACAAGAGAUUCAUCAGAGUAAUCUUGGAUGGUCUCCUGUUUAUGUUGAGUCCAACCUCGGUGUCAUGUCUAUUGGAUUCAUGCUUCCCCACCCUGAUGAAGCCGUCAUAUGGAGAGGACCUCGAAAGAAUGGAAUUAUCAAACAAUUUCUGAAAGAUGUUUACUGGGGGGAGAUUGAUUUCCUUGUAGUCGAUGCACCACCUGGGACCUCAGAUGAGCAUAUUUCAAUUGUCCAAUUCCUCCAAGCAACUGGAAUAGAUGGUGCUAUCAUAGUUACCACCCCACAGCAGGUAUCUCUUAUCGAUGUGAGGAAAGAAGUGAGUUUCUGUAAAAAGGUAGGAUUGCAAGUCCUUGGAGUAGUCGAAAACAUGAGUGGUUUUUGCCAACCCUUGUCAGGAUUCAGAUUCAUGAGUGUCACAGAAACUGGUGAACAAAAAGACAUGACGGACUGGGUUAUUACAUCCAUGCAAGAGAAAUGUCCAGAAAUGCUAAAUUUAAUUGCUUUCAGCGAAGUGUUUGAUAGUAGUGCUGGUGGUGGUGUUAAAAUGUGCAUGGAUAUGGGCGUCCCCUUUCUUGGAAAGGUUCCCCUGGACCCUCAGCUGUGUAAAGCUGCUGAGGAAGGAAGAUCUUGCUUUGAUGACAGUAAAUGCCUGAUAAGUGCUCCUGCCUUAAAGACCAUCAUAGAGAAACUGUUAUCACAAUUGGAAGUAUCUAGAAUCGAGGAAGGUGCAUAGGUGUGGGCUAUCUGAACCAGUUUCCUUUGUAAAUCAUCAAUGUAUUGAUGUACCUUCUCUUUUUAUAAAAUUAAACAAAGAAGGGUUCUCUUGGAGGUGAUAUGUUUUCUUGAAAUAAAAUAAAAUGAGAAUUUUUUGCAGCACAAUCAUUGCUUUAUGCACAGGAGGCAAAUUAGUGUCCAGGAAAGAAUUGAUUAUAGCACCAACCACAAGCACUUCAUCAACAAGCUGGAAUUCGUGUUGGGGGUUUGUCACCCAUGUUGAUUCUAACGUAAAGGCUGAAAGGAGGGAACUGCUAUUCAAUAUGUGAGCAGUAACAGCAGGAGAUGAAGCUCCAGGAGAUAUGAACAUUGCCUUAGCCGGUAUGAUUAUGUAAACUUUUAUUGUAAUCCUGUUUCUUGUAUAUAGCACUGCGCUUCUCUCGUUUUAGUUUCGAGCAGUAUAUAAUUUGAUUAUCAGUCUGUUUUUGCA